AUGGCUGAACCCGAGACUGCAAACAAAUCCCAGGCCAAGAAGAAGCUUAUCCUCAAUGCCUUCGUGGAGGCAUGUAGUGGGCAUCAGUCACCCGGCCUGUGGCAACAUCCAGAUGACCGCUCAUCCGAGUUCAACACCCUCAAGCAUUGGGUCGAGCUCGCUAAGCUACUGGAAACAGCUGGCUUUCAUGGAAUCUUCAUCGCAGAUGUUUUAGGUGCAUACGACGUAUACAAGGGCCCCAGAAACGUUGGACCGGCUGCAGGCUCGGGAGCCCAGUUUCCAGUAAACGACCCGCUUGGGCCAGUUUCUGCCAUGGCUGCGGCUACAGAGAGUAUCGGGUUCGGACUCACUGUCUCGACGACCUUUGAAGAGCCGUACCAUCUUGCGCGGCGACUCAGCACGCUUGACCAUCUAACCGGUGGAAGAGUCGGCUGGAACAGAUAUGCCAAGGCUGAUGAAUACAUGGAUGUGGUAUACAAACUCUGGCAAGUACAUCGUCGCCUGCAAUCCUCUUGGAGGGAUGACGCUGUUAAGCUCGACCGCCAAUCUGGGGUCUAUACUGACCCGGAACUCGUCCGCACGAUCGACCACGUUGGCAAAUUCUACAACGUUCCUGGCCCUCAUAUCUGUCAGCCCUCACCACAGCGGACGCCCGUAAUAUUACAGGCCGGUACCUCUUCCGCCGGGAAAGCUUUCGCAGCCAAGCACGCUGAAGCCGUGUUUGUUUCCACUCUCGCUCCGGGCAUUGUAGCUCAAAACAUUGCUGAUAUCCGUGCGAAAGCCCGCGAGCUUGGGCGUGACCCGCAGGCCAUCAAGUUCCUCGCAAUGGUUACUCCUGUUUUGGGCGCAACCGAGGAAGAGGCCCAGGGCAAGUAUAACGAAUAUUUGAGCUAUGGAUCCAAGGAGGGCGCACUCGCUCUCUUCGGGGGCUAUACCGGCAUCGACUUGUCGCAAUUUGACGAUGACGAGGAGCUACAAUACGUCGAGUCCAACGCCAUCCGGACGUCUGUGGAAACAUGGGCCAAGUAUGUUGCACACGUCCCCAAGUGGACUAAAGGUGCUAUCGUAGAUGAGAUGAAGAUCGGUGGCCUCGGGGCCACUAUCGUUGGAACCCCCGAGCAUGUAGCAGAUGAGCUAGAAAGAUGGAUUCGAGAAGCAGACGUAGAUGGCUUCAACUUUGCCUACGCUCUGAUGCCAAGAACGUUUGAGGAGAUCAUCGAGUUUUUGCUCCCCGUCUUGAGAAAUCGUGGGCUCUUCUGGGAGGGUUAUGAAGUUCCCGGGGGCACGUAUCGUGAGAACCUUUGGGCAAAGAAAGGGGCCGCAAGACCUCCCUCUAACCACCCUGCGGCUAAGUAUCACUGGAAGAAGCCGGAAUGGAGCUGA